UCUGCAACACCCGCGCCACCGCACGGCAUCGUCUGCAGAAGAAACCUCUAUUUAAAAAAAUAAUAAUUAUUAUUAUUGAAAUGUGAGCAACAUUGCAAUUAUAAUGUCUUCUUUGCAAUCUGGAAAUUUUUGGAAAAACACCAACUAUGUAGCAAAGAAUUUGAUUGGAAAAUGAUUUAAAAUUUGUUAGAAAAGGAUGGAAUAGGAAACCUAUCCUUGCUAUCAGAAGCAAUGAAAGUGAUGUUGCUUUUUCAAUCCCAGUAUCAUGAUGAAGUAUAUCUGGUCAAUACAGUCUUUCUUUUAAAGAAAGAAAUGUUUGAAAAAGCACAAGAAGAAGCAUCCAAGUUUACUGGUAAACAAAUAUCAAACCCCACAGGUUUUGAAGUUACUAAGGCUGCCUCUUCAGAUUUACUUAUGGGCUACAAGACCAUGUUAGAUUAUCAAUUUGUUGAUGAUUGAACCUGAUGACAAAGAAGCACUUGCUGUAAUGAGAGAGUCCUUUGAUCAGCUUCUUUCUAAUGACACCUGUGUGCCUCUGUUUGUGGAAACUUAUGUCUGCGUUCUGAUGCGGUUGAAACUACAAGAAGAAGCUGAAAUGUUUCUUCAGAAAUAUGUGGAGAAAGAGUCCCAGGGAACCAUAGCAAUCACACCUGCACUUCAUGCUUUAAAUAUAAUGAAAUUGCACAUGCCAAAAGCUAGUCUAGGGAUAAUCAUCUCUAUUCUUGAACUGGUUGCUGAAAGAAACUCGGGAGAUGCGAAGGUUUUGGAGCUCUGCCAACAUUAUUUGCACGUUCAUAAUUCGGGCAUUAAUUGUCAGUCUGACACUGAAUCGGAUUUUGAUUUCGGAUCGGAUUAUGGUGCCAUUUCCUUGGCCCACAAACGUGAAGGUCUCAGCAAGUGUCUUGAGCUGAUUGUUUACUUUUUGGACGUGCACAUCUUUAACGUACCUUCGACCGUUAUCCGAGAAGGAUGGAGCAUUAUGGCUGACAUCGUUAGAUGGAUUUGUAUGCAAGGGACGGACGAUUGCCUGCGUUCUGUGGUAGAUCUUUGGCAUAAUGAUAGGAAAAGGUGGUGGCUAUGCUUCCGUCUUCCACGUUCCGGGCCUCCUUUGAAUUUACCACAUGGUGACGCAGAAUUUCUCUCCAACAAAGUAUUUGUCUGCUACGUUUUGGAAUCCCAUCAUCAUCCGUUUGUCGCCACCCUAAGGGAACAUCCAGAGUGCAAAUUACUGAAAUCCCUCAUUAAACAGCUAAGCCAUCACAAAGUCAUGUUUGAUUCCAGAAUUGAACCAAUUCUCAGAGCUAAUGGACCGAUCGCACCUGUACCAUUAAUAUCGUCACCCGACGUGCCUCGUGUUCCUAGCAUCCAAACUCAAAUGGUUCCAUCCCUUCCUAGAUUUGAAGCUAUUGACACUGAGCAAAAAGCGAAGGAGUUUACAAAUUUCAUCUUGACCUCAGCACCUCUCAAAGAAAGGGGGGAGUACAAAACGUUAGCCAGAGUUAUGAAAGAUACUGCCGGUAUUUUGGAGCUUCCAAUUGACGAUCUGUUGGCUAAACGAUAUGAGAAGAGAAUGAGGAUGACUGUCCAAUCGAGAUUUCUCGGUAUGACUCGCUCGUCAAGAAGUGCGGCACUGUCAGCUGGUGGUUCGGUCUGUUCUUUGGAUUCUUUGGAUUCCCGAGAUUCUUUUUGGGAUUUGUCGGAAAAUGAAACGGAUGACUCGGAUGCGGCCAGCAACAGGUCUUCGCCCAUCGAAACUGAAGACGACGAUACUUUCAAUUUUCCUGAGUUAAAUCCGAAUCUUUUGGCAAAAAUUGAAGCCGCGAAACAACGUUGGAGAGUAUUUUUUGAUUCCGGUCGGUGGAACCCGUUAUCCGAAGACGAAAUUUCAGAUCGUGCCUAUGAAGAUUUCCCUUCAGAUGACGAUUACGCUCCGUCUUCCUGUUGCGACGAUUCGGAUUUCAGUAGCAUUGAAAACCAAGCAGAUGAGAGUGAAACAGAUGGCCGAUCGGAAACAUAUUUUGACUCUUCCCUUUAUCUUGCAUCAGAAGACUAUUCCGAUGCGCCGAGUCCUCCAGCUUCCUCGUUUUCGAGUGUGUCUACCCCUUUGUUGCAGUUUUCAGGUGCGCCAAGCCAAACGAAGGAAGUUAUUCGGAACGAAGAUCGUUAUCCUCUCAUGGAACUCGACAGUUUCAGCGUUCGUAGCAAUAGCUCAACAGAUGACAUUGCCGAGAAUAUCAAUCGAGUUAUAAAAAAGCUCGAUGUUGACAUGUAUUGCGCCAAUACUGCCAUGAAGCCCAGCAGUAUGGAACAAGAAGAAGAGGAGUAUGUGGUCGAAGAAGAAAUCGAAAUCCUUCAAGAAACAUUAGUCAAAAGAACUAGCCAGAAUUACAGCGCAACAUCUGGUAUUCAGCUAAGCAGCUACGCGUGUGUAUUGGAAGAAAACACCGACCGUCCAGAGCUGUCUUUCGGUUCUAAUCUAAACAGAAGUACCCAAUCCGCAUUUUUCAGCUCCACUGCCAAUAGCUGGUUCUACGCCUAAACUAGUACACAAGGCAAAGAGCACUAACGAUUCCAAUUCUUCGCAAUUGGGAAGACUACAGCCAAAAAAAAAAUUUUUGACUAAAACCAGAGAAAAGUCUUUGUCGGAUAGCUCUUCGUCGAAAAAUGGUAAAAGGGAUACCACGCAAAGUAGUAACCGCAAAUCUUCCAUUUUAGGCGGAUGGAAGGUUUUGGAGGAAAGUGCGCAAGAAGAAUCGCG